AUAUCUCUCUCAUUAAUACUCUCGAUAAUUAACCCAUAAUAUUAACGUGCUUGAAAAUCCGCCAUAGUGCUGUCUGGUGUUUCUAGAUUCUAAAUCGACGCGCGCAUUGGUCACAUGUACCGACUUUUUGUGCAUAAACUGUAACGUAAAUUUAAAUUUGAGUGCUUCGAACACAACAACAGUAAAUUUCGUGCAUUACAAGUGGUAUAGUUGUUUUUGUUUCAAUAAAAGUAUUUUGUUCAUUGUUUGUGACACUCGUUUAAUGAAUAUUUUUAAAAUUCGACUUACAAAUACUACUUAUUCAAAUUACGAUAAAUAAUACUUGUGUAUAAAUAAAAAAUAUCUGUGUGUUUGAUAAUGCGAAAAUUUAGUAAAGUUUUUUCCAAAUGUAUAACUGAAAUUCAAAAGUUAGUGUGCAUAUUUAAAAUAACCAAUUAAGUUACACACGAUGAUUCGUUUAAUAUUUUUCCCGGUCUUUUAUUCAUUUGCAAUCGAUGGAAGUAGAAUAUUGAAAGAAACAGGAGAAAAACAUUAUCAAAUAAUAAAAACAAAAUCUUCUGUAUUGCAUGGAACUUGUUGGCAUAAUGCUUUGACAACAAUGAAAAGUACUUGUAAUAAUUUAAAUGAUGAAGAGCAUUCUCUUCUUGCCCUAAAACUGAUGAAUUGUUUUUUAGAAGAUUCAGGACAUACAACUUAUGAUUGUCAUUUCAGUAAUUCAGAUAUGCAAAGAAGAGAUUGCAUCAAUAAUAUGUCAGAUAGAGCAUUUAAUGCAUAUAAUGAAUUUUAUAUACAUACUACACAUAUGUGCUUUUAUCUAAAUUAUGAAGUUUGGCAAGCUCAAACUGAUAACACCAUUAAACAAUUACAUCAAGUUUCCACAAGAAUGAAAGAUCAAUUACUAGAAGCUUCAGAAGUACAGGAAGUUAUGUUAGAAAGUCAAAAGGAAAGUUUAAAAAUGCAAAAUAAACUCUUAGAUCAUGGAAAAGAACUUGGUGUAGUAUUGAAGUCUUCAUCUGAGAGUGUUAAUAAUAUGGUAAAAGAUUUCAAAGAAACAGCAAAAGAUCAAAAAGAAUUAUUGUUUGAAAUAUUUUCAUAUCUACGCACUUUUCAAAAUUGGAUUAUUGGUGAAGUUUCAUGGUUUCAAUCCAUUAUGUAUUACACUAUUAGUUGUAUUUUGUGUGCACUAUUUAGUUCUUCUAAAAGGACAACAAAUGCUAGAAUAACGCUUUUUAUAAUUUUGAGUGUAAAUGUUAUAAUGGAACGCAUGUUAGUUCAAUAUUAUGGCAAUACUAUGUUUCAUUCAGAAGAUAAUAAGGAAAGUUUAGUGAGCACAACAUGGAUGUACAGAAAAAUAGCUCUUGGUUUAUGUAUAAUUACGUUGUUCUGUACAUACCACCGUUAUAGAGAUGAACAGAUAGAAAACUAUAAGGCAUUAAAACGCAUUGAACAUCAACUAAAUACUAUCCAGGAAGUUACAACCAUUUGUAAUACCAAUCAUUCCAUUCGUUACUCUGCACGAUUGGCUUUAAAACGUGUACAGUCUCAACAAAAUAAACAGAGUAAAAUGGAAAAUUCUUUAUAAUGUAUUUCUUACUGUUUCAUAAUUUUAUUUUAUAAUGUACUAAGUAAUGAUAAUUUAAUUAAAAGUAUCUUAACAUA